AUGGCUGUAGUAACAGCCGAUAAUUAUGGGCCACUUCUGAAUGUCGCUAUGUGGAUUGUAUUGGUACCCAUGAUUAUUAUGGCAUUGACCAAAAUCUAUACCAAAUACGACACUCUUCGCAAAAUCCAGAUGGAUGAUUAUUUGGGUCUCAUUGCUAUGUUGUCCUCAGUCGGUCAAUUCAUAUGCACAUCGGAACAAAUUGCUCAUGGACUUGGGCAAAAACAAGAUAAUAUCCUUCAGAGUGAGCUAAAUCGCUUCUAUAUAGCUCAAUAUGCUGGUAACAUUAUGUAUAUCUCAGCAAUCUUUCUCGCCAAGAUAUCAAAUCUUUACUUCUUCGUUUGUCUCACUAGAGAAGGAAGCAAGAAACGACGAUUGAUUCAUAGAAGCAUUGUCUGGAUUGGAAUAUGGAGCUUGAUCAGUAUAGUUGUGAUCGCUCUGCAAUGCCAGCUCCCAGAUCCUUGGGUGUUUGAGUCGGGGAAAUGUCUCAAUGUUAGAGCCUUUUGGACUAUCAACGCGGUAGUGGAUUCGUUGACCCAGGUGUUCGUUGGUCUGCUUCCUGUGUAUAUUCUGAAUGUUCUGAAAAUGGAGGAUUCCAAGAAAAGACUGACAAUACUUUUAUUCUCGCCGAACCUUUUGACCUUACCCCUUCUUACUCUUCGCAUAAUCUAUCUUUAUAACACCAUCGAUUCUACAAAUUAUACUUGGGAUUCAUUUAACUUGGCUUUAAUAACAAACCUGCACUCUUCCUUCACAAUUAUAUUGUCCUGUGUACCCUUCUCCAAAUCCAUCAUCGACAGCCUCGUCGUCGCACCGCAUAUCAUAACGGACACCACAAGUGGGGCCCUCUCAAGUGAUCGGCUAAAAGGUGCAGGAAGGGGAAACAGAUCUUACAUUCGAGGUUCUUCACGCUUCUUAAGUGGAGGUGCAACCAGGACAGCUACAAUCGUAACUGUUACUGGAGGUGAAUCACAAGAAUUGAACGAGUAUAUCAGCCGUGCCGAGAGCCAAGAACGAAUGAUCUCAGGGUCAACAAGCCCAGCUACAAGCAAAGCUGAAUGGCACUCAUAA